GACAAUUCACAGCUGACGAUUACCUGGCUGAAGGGAAGAAACUCAAACAUUUAGCUGAUACUCAGGUGGACAAGCAUGCCAAAGCACUUACUUACUUUGAAGCUGUGGUGUAUCUCACUUCCUGCGGUAAUGUCUUUGAGUUGGACCCACACGUACCGGAUGAUAAAGCCGUCACCAUGUAUUCAGACACUUGUGAAAUUAUCAGAUUUAUAUUAAAGCUCAAAGGUAUUCACAAUGGCCAAGAGGGGAAUAGCAAUGAUAACAAACUAGCCGUGUUGUGCUACCGUUGCCAAGCGUUACUCAACAUGCAAAUGUUCAAACUAAAGAGGCAGUCGGCCAUGAACCUGUCGAGGGCACUAACCGAGCAUCUCAAGGGUACAUCGUCAAAACCUCAGCCUCCGUUACAACAGAAUCCUCCUUCGUGGAACACGUCGUCUAGGUACACAGGCACCCCGUCCCCCGUCUCUCCUACCCCCUCCCCAGCGGGUAGCGUUGGCUCGGCCUGCAGCAUGGGUUCGCAGGGAAGUGCCUCCAGUGACCUCGUCCCUUCUCAGACGUCGGGUGGCGGCCCAGCCCCUCCCUCCGGCCCCGGGGCUAAACUGUGCAAUGGGUUGAACCCGCAGUCGUCGACGGUAGCCAUGCCGCAGCAUAUCGUCCGCAUCAUGUCCAAGUUCCUCACCUAUUCAAACUACAGUCUCUACAGCAUACAAUAUUGGGAACAGGCCGAUAUCCUCUCUGAAGAAAAUAAAGACUUCUUCCGCGAGUUGGCACGAGAGUGCGGGGAGCUAACACUUCACAGCAGUACUCAGGAUCUGGUUCACUAUGUCCGUAGAGGGCUCUCUAACCUCAGACGCUUGUGAAACGGUGUACAACACCGGUGUUUAAUAAAAAGAGUGCUAUUCAAACCGUGCUACUGAGCUGGUGUAUUUAAAUGGACACGGUGACACCGUACUUCAGUGCUAAAGCCUAGAGGACUAUUAACAUGCCGGACACGGUAACACCGUACUUCAGUGCUAAGCGAAGAGGACUAUUGAAUAUGCCAUAGAAUGGACAUUGCGCUACCAAAUAAAAUGAGUUUAUGAGUGCUAUUGAUUAGAAGGACCUGCCACCGCUGUAUGCAAUUUCUAAAGAGAUGAUUCAGUUGGCGACCAGCAAGGAUGCUACCGGAGCUAAGCACCAAGUAUUCCUUCUGCAGCUGAGCAGAGUCAACUCGGUGCUAAUUGAAACCUGAUAGAGCUUAUGUUCAUGAAUACCUCCUGAUGCACUGAGGCAACAUGACCUUGUAUAACAGGGGCCUGUAACACCAAGUUUGUUGAUUGAUCAUCCAGUUGAUUUGUAUGCUUGUUUGCACAUCAAAUCAAACAUUAAAAAUUUCCCUAUUAUCAAAAGGUGAGCUUUGUGUUAAGGGGCCUUGAUUGUGGUAAAACCGCUAUUUUGCUUCACUAGAAGACCCUCCUUGAUCACGACAGACCAUCGACGGGAUAUUCUGGAUAAAAAAUUUUGUAUUAUGUUUUAAUGGAUAGACAUUAUCAAGUGAUAUUUUGGACAAACCCUAUCUCUACAUCUCAAAAAAAAAAAAAUGAAGUCACUUUUUAAAAUCACGACAUGACUCCCUCAUUUGAUAUAGCAAAAUGGCAACCAUGAUUUUCUUAUUUUCCAGGACAUAGAACUUUUUAUUUAUUUAGAGAGGUUUUGUUGCCCAAGCAUCUUUUAUUGAUAACCAAUGAUCAGGCUCUGUGAUGGGAUAACAAGAGCUUACAGCUCCAGUCGCUGUCAUAUUUUUUUUCCUCCAAACUGGUUAACUCCCUACAUUCCAGGCUAGGAGAGUGGUAUAUUAAUUCUGACUCAUGAAUUUGAUAUAUUAUUCCCAUAGACAUUGAAGCAAAGGGUUAAUUAUGAUUGCAGAAAUUAUUGGUUUAAAAAAAUCCUUGAAGAUUAACGAAACCAAAUUCAUGAUUCAAAAAUUUGAUCAUCUUUUCGAGGGUAUUCAACUGGAAGAAAAUAAACUCUUGCAUCAAGUUGGGGGAAAUUUGUUUCAUACCCAACUUGAUCAUGUAAAAUGCCAAAGCGAGGUUUCUUUAAAACCAUGGAAUCAUAUUUGUUGGAAGACCCAAAUAUGGAAGUAAAAUCAAUUUAGCUAAUCAUAGGUUAUAUUUGAUCUCACUGAAAUUAUGUUUUGAAAUUAUAGGUAAACCUUGUUAUGAUCUAUCUAAUAUUGUGAGAAAAUUGAGAAGAGAAGUCAUGAAAAUGUAGAGGGGAAGAAAUCCAAAUAUUGUAUAUUUUUUUAAUAAGAAUAUUAAAAAAUAUUUGUAGGAUUUGUUUUAUAAGAUGAAAUGGAGGAUUGGAUAGAGUUCUCAGUGAAAUAAAGAAUUCAAAUCUGAUCACUAGCAAUUCUGUAGAAUAUGUAAGUCUAACCCCCGGUAAGUGGACCUUCAAGAAAUAAUAUCUUGUUUAAUAAUAAUUUGUUUUCUUGUUGAUCUUAAGAGUUGUAAUGCACUCAAUUAUCACAGAUUGAGCAGUUCAUGAUGUGAAUGGAGCAAAAUGGGGGUCAGAUGUACGCGAAAGGUCGAUUAUUUUACACACCUGCCCAACAUCAAUCAUAUAAUUUUUUUUAUUUUAGUUUUUAUCUCUAUUAAAAUAUAUUUUGUUAUUAAAAGAGCAAUUAUAUAAGUAAUCAUUCAGUUGCAUUUCAUAUUUUCUAUUUGUUAAUUUGAAUUCUGUAAUUUUGAAUUUCAAACUUACUGACAUCAAUCCAUAGGGUCGGUUGAAGUUUCAUAGAUUUUAUUUUUCUAUUUCCCAUCGUUUUGAAGAAAACCAAGUUUGCUUCAAUAUUGAAAGAACUAUGUGAAGGAUUGUAUUUUUGAUCAAGCGAAUGAAAAUUUCUUUUUUAUGAAACCACUGUUGAAACAAUAAUGAUUUGAUUAAUUCAAGGUCCCAAUCUGGUCAAAAAUUUCCUUUUGAGAUUAUAUCAACUCUAAUUUUCAAAUUGUAAUGAAAUUGCCCGAAAUAUUUUGGACAAGAGCAUGUGAUGAAUAUGUGCCUCAUCAAAUCUUAUCCAAAGUUCUAGCUUACACAAUUUUUUAAUCUGACCUUUUUUAAACAGGCUCUAUAAUCAAUCUGGCAGCGUGGGUUUUAGAAGUAUCAUUUUAAGUCGGUCUGUUGUGAGUUUUCAUGCACAAAAGGAUAAAAUUUGAUGGCAACAGGCUGUCUGUAAUAAUCAGGCUUAUCAGGGCCCCGUCUUACAAAGAGUUGCGAUUGAUCCAAUCAACCAUAAACUAUGGACGGCCAGCAACGUCAACAUCUAAAAUGCAAAUUUGUUCAAAAUAUUUUCGAGAUAUAAAUGAAUGAUUUAUAUUCAUACAUUCAUCAUUGCUUUGAGAAUUCAGUAUGCUUCUCUUUGUUUACAAAGGACAUUGUGCAAAUUUCCUGUAGAAAAAAUUACUGUAUGGAUGGAUUUCCAAAGAGUUGAGAUUGAUUGGAUCAUUCGUGACUCUUUGUAAGAGGGCUGUGCCAAUUAUGCUUCACCUUGAAGUCAACAAAUAUCAGACCUGGGUCCUGUAACAUAAACCUUAGUGAUUGAUCGUUGGUGUUGAUUUUACGAUUGAUUGCAUUGAUUAUUGUGCAUGAUUAAUCAUAAACUCAGCCCUGUGAUCAAUCACUAAGCUUUAUGUUACUGUACCCAGGAAUGGUGAGAUAAUGUUAUCACAUAAGUGAAAAUGAAAAUUACCACAUCUUUCUAGCAUCUGUAGAUGUCAAAUUCCCCAUGAGUUAUGACAAUAGACGGUCUGUAAGCAUGGCAAAAAGAUUUUCAUUAUCUUGGAUAGCUUUGGUUGUAAUUAAUUGUUUAUUUUGUACCAGAAGAAAAAAAGUCUAUUUAUUUAACCCUGAAAGGACAAGGGGGAGGGAGGGGGGCAUCGUGCCCCUCCAUAUUUCGCACCAUUAUUCUGUAACGUCAUUACAAAGCAUGCAGAGAUAGAGCUGCGAAAUUGAAUAACCUUUUUCUUUAAAGUCUUGCACGACUUUUAAGACCAAAUUUACAAUAUACGAGUAUAGCAUCACGAUGCCACAUGACUUUUUGUGAGACGAUGUCGUGCCAAAAAGGGCUAAUUUUUGUGAUUGGGUACAAAUUCAAUGCACUAUGGAAUUCAUAAAGCUUAUUCUUCAUUUUAAUCAGUCUGCUUAAUUUACGGUUAAUAUUGGUUAAUAAAUGGUCUUGAAUUAUUUUCAUUGAAUGCAAACACAAAAACAAACAAAAAAUCAAAAUCAAGAAAUUCUAAGAACAAAUAUAUGCAUAAGCAAAAUUUUAAUUUCCCCAAGUACUAGUACCAUCCGCAAAGAUUCAAAUUUCAAGUGAAAUUGAGUGUUAAAUAUGCAUAAAUUUGCAUGAUUUAUUACAAAUUUAACAUAAUUAUCAUUUGAUUUUUUUAAAUGUAGAUUUGUAGUUUAAGAUUUUGGCGCAGUUGUGCCGACGACUGCCAAGAUCAAAAGAGUAGGCCAUAAUGCCCCCCCCCCCCACAACUCUGAAAUAGCCCAGUCCUUUCAGGUUAAAAUAAACAUGAGCUGAUAAACAAACGAGUGCCAGACCCACAGUGGCUCUACAAUCAAGGUCAAAUUACAUAACCUUUGUAAGUUACAACAAAUCUGUAUUUAACAUUGAUAAUUAAUUUAAUUGUUGGACCAACUGCUUAAAUUUUGUCACAAGUGACAUAUUUGAGAUCAGUUACUUAAAGAAACAUUUGAAGCUCAACUACCACAGACGAGGCAAAGACCUCAUACCACACCAAUUCAUUGAUGUUUGUGUGUGGUACAAACUACAGAUAUGUGUUCAUUGAAUUUGAAUCUGCCAAGAUAAUCAAAUCAACUCAAAGAAGUGAGAUUAUCUCUUGAUUAAAAAAAAAAAAAAAAACUUGCUGCAAAUGAAUCUUGAGUCUCAACUCACAAACGAUGAAAGCGUGACAUAGUCAUGCCAUUGUAUAUUUAUAUUUGUGAAUGGUGUACAUCAAGUGUGUAGAACAGGUUUUUGUCACAUAAAAGAGAGAACAGAGUACGCAUUGUAUAUGUAGAGAUAUAACGAAAAAAAAAAGCUUGUACAA